UCACCUAUCGCGAUCUUCAGUUUAUUCUACAAGUCGACGAUCCCAACUUCUCAGGCUUCUCUUUGGUCCUCCACUUUCUCAGGCGGCAUAUCAGAACAAUAUGUCCGUUAAAGCGACGAGGCCGCUUUCAGAUGUUUCUCUGUCACAAUUAUUUGACAAUGCUUUCGAAUUGUACAACAGUAUUAAUAAUACACAGGAGCCGACAAAUAGCCCAAAGAUACAGUCAGAUAUAAGGCAGACAAUGCGUAUGUUUGAAGAUGCAACAAAACUAAUAUCUUUAGUGGAUAUGUUCAGCGACAAUGAAACUUUCGAGGAGGUAGCUACAGAAAAUAUCAAAUAUUUCUUACUACCAGCUCUAUUGGGCAAGCUCACCACCAAAAUAUGCAACAGCAACGACAGAAUGCAUCUUGUUAAAGUAGCAGAAAUCUAUUUUGUGGACUUUUUGAAGCGAUCGAAAACAUACGGUUUGACAGAUGUGAAAAUACCAAAGAUUAGUGAUGAAAAAAAGGAAGCAGGGGAUAAUCAAAAUAAAUUGAAGAGUGAAUCCAGGAUGUUGGAGGAUAUGGUAACUCGUAGAAAUACAAAGUUACAAAGAUAUAAACAAGAGAAAGAUUUGGAGUCUCGCUUGGAUACUUUAAAGAAAAAUUUAGACAAUCCAAACGUAGAUGAUGAAACAAAAAGAGAAUACUUUGUUACUCUUUUAAAAUUGUACGCAGUUCAAAUAGUAGAAGAGUUACAUUUUCUAGAAACAGAAAAAAUAAUUUUGGGAAACAUGAUGACGGAAGUGGGGCCAACGCAUACUAUGGCUUCCAAAUCGCAUACGACUGAAAAGCAAAAAUUUCCAGUUCAAAAAUUACAACCCAUUAUCAUUACGCGUGAUGAGGUACAGAAGAAAGUUUUUGGAGCAGGUUAUCCAAGUUUACCAGUCUUGACAGUCGAAGAGUUUUAUGAACAAAGGGUCAAAGAUGGAGACUGGCCCGAUCCAUCAAAGCAUGGAACAAAUUCUCGAUGUCUGCAAGAUAUGGUGAAUAAAGAUACAAGCUCCAACGACGAGGAUAACGAAACUAUCUUGAAGGAAGAGAUGGAAGAGAAAGAUGACCCCGAACAUCUCGAACAAGCGCGCGCAAUGGAUGAAUAUAAAGACAUGCAUCGUCGCGGAUGGGGUAAUCGUGCGAACAGAAGUUAAAUUGAGGAUUAAAAGUUAUUACAAUAUUCUGCGUCUCGGUAUGUUUUUUACAUUAUCGUGUUUUUAUAGCACUAAUGCUGUAACUUUUUAUCAAAUCAUGUUUGAUUUAUGCAAAGUUGCAAGUCUAGUAGGAUUUUUUGAUCAGUGAUAGGUAUUAUUUGUGAGUAGGAGGAGAAGCAUGUUAAUUUUUAAAAGGAAUAGUAUAUACGUAUAUAUCUAUCCCAA